GUUUUCCCGCCCAAACUCCCGGUAAUGCGGGUCGUUACAUGUGGUUCUUGGGGGUCGAGUCUUGCUACAUUAUUAACUCCCAGGUACAGUGAGAGAUCGUGGGUUCGAGUCCCACUUCACGGGUUUCGGCCAUUCUCAGAAUGGAUUCUGCGCACUGGGACAGCUGGUUAGCGCUGCUGGGUUUCGAUUCAAAUAAGGUAUUAGUUCGAAUCGCAGUAAGCACGCUACUUACUAAAUUGCUCUAGUAAAACUACCCCGCUGUUUAAGUGACUAAAUAGUUGUAGUUCGCUAAAUGAAUAAAUAUAACGGCCGGGUCAUUCCGAAUUGCUCAUACCGUGUUCAAGAGAAGAAGAGUCUUUUGGUGAAAACUAGUGUCCAUUGAAAGUGUCCACUUUGGAGAAAAAAAAAGCGUCUGCUGAAUGAAUAAAUGUGAUUUUUCAUUCUGGGAUUGUUUCACAGAGUAAAAUGUCAGCCUGAGAAAAGCACAACACUUCCACGGCGGUGCGGCCGGAAUGCGGCGGUGUCACAGCGGUGCCUGCAGUGCACGUGUCUAGCAACACUUCGCCGGACAGCGUCACGUGCCCGUUUCCAUGGUUACCGUAGAGUCCCGCUCCGUAGCUUCGCCGCAGAGUCAGAAGUUAGUUGGCUCAUCUCGUGUUGAAAAAUAAAGAGUAAACUAAUUAGGUGACUUUAAAGUAGAUUUGAACGGACAUGAAAGGACGCAACCGGUACGCAUGGAUGGAAAACGAAGGCAAAUGGUUUGCUCAUGCAGGUUUACGGGUUUCAAAAGAGCAAGACAUUUCACCCCCUGGAGAUGCAGGACCCAUGAUGUUACAGGUCAAGCGGUACCCCAGAGUAUUUAGAAGUACGGAGCAGAAAACCAUGUGCAGGGAAUAUUUGUUUUCGGCGCAUGAUAACCGGGAUGCAUUACGUGACAGCAUUGAAACGUAUGAUAAUGGAUUAGGUCGCAAGAAGUUUCUGGACGACAGGAGACAGCACAACUCCGAUGUCAGCUUUUUGGCACAGGGAGAUUCGAGUAGCCUUAAGGAUUGGAGACAAAGCUUUCCCACCUAUCUGUCUGACUAUCGGGGUCAUGGGAAAACAGAGAGUCCCGGCAGAAGACGCUUUCCCAGGAACCACUUGGAGAGGUCGAAAGAUGCCGCCGUCCAGGCCAUCGAAGACUUCAUGUGGUUUGGAAGGAAUGACUCGAUACACCUGAUUCCCCUUAGUGUCUUGAGUGCCACUCACUGGCACGUGGGUAAAAACCCCUGGAGGUACUCAUACCACAGCAAGCACUGAGUUUUCCACAAAUGAAUGGCAGAAUGUUUUAUUGUGUUCCUUAUAAGAGAGUGAUUAAAACUGUCUCUGACAAUAGUGUUGUACAGGGGCAGCAAACAUUUUAGCUUCAUUAAAACACAAUCAGUCAUAUUAGAAUGAGUACACUAUUCUCCCUGUCUCUGUAGAAUACGCACACUGGCAAAGUAAUGUUUGGAAAGGUCUAUGCUCAGUAA